AUGCCGUGGAAUGAAGAGAUGCAGCAGUUUAUGGCAAUCGAUUUCGAGCAGGGGACGCUGAUGCCCAAAAAGCAUCCAAACAAACCUUAUUUAUAUCCAAAGCGUAUGCGAAACUCUUCUGAUCCUGAAAAUGCGAAGCGGCCUGGUGGGCUUUUGGCCGCGCAGAUUAAGUAUACAGAAGGAAACUGUGACAGCGUGCAUCAAAGACUAUCGGGAUCUCUCAAGCCGACAGAUUCCUUUCUCGCGAUACAGGUAUGCGUAACGCAUUUAGCUCUUCGCCAGGACCGGCCGUUUCGCUCUUUGCGUGAAGAUUACGAUAUUGCCAUUGCAAAUUUUUGGAAGAGACAUUUGACAAGCAGAGAGGAGUAUACUUUGCAUUCGUCUUACAAGCUGACGGACCCGCCUCUUGGCUGGCAUGUAAAUUUCGGGAGGCUUACUUUUGGCUCCAAAUGGAUCGGUUACUAUUCGUGCAUCCAUCCCUUUAGGGGGGUAGACGACCUUAUCGAUCGUCAGACGUGUGCUGAUUUCUCGACGCAUUGGAACAAACUCCCUCAUUUGCUGCUUGACGUGGUUGUAGGGCCCGUGGCCUGGCCGGAGUUAUUCGAACGGGAGGAGUUCCCAUAUUCUGCCGCCGAUGACAUUCACCGAGAAUGGUAUAGCGGUGAACAGUUUGGGGAUGGCGAUACCUAUAAAGUCUUGGGAUUCUCCGAAUGUUUGCCCGGGAAGCAAGGGGGCUUCCCUGGUUGGAAACGCGUCUGUUUCAUGAUCUAUGAAUACACAGACCAAGGCUACGAAACCUGUCUAGGUGCGGGUGCUCUAGGAAACUGGGAGCCCGGCAACUGGGUAGAGAAUUUUGCAUGGGCAUAUGGUUAUGAAGGCGCAGUUCUACAAGGUGGUAGAAUUAUGAUGGGAAGAUGGAGGAAGAUGAUGUCCCAGGAAUGGGAUGGGGGCCCAUUUAUAUUCUGGGAACCGCUGUGAGGAAUAUGGCUUGGCAGGCGAGCAGGAAAAUUAGUGCUUGCGGAGGCAGCACAGAGCAUUUUUCGGUUCUUCUUGCCUGUGGUUGCAUUGGGCUCUCGAAAACCUGCAGCUAAACCGGUUACGCUAAGGUGGCUUGUUUGCUUCUGGGACUUCUCCCAGUUUAUCCUGCAGUAUGCCACGAGAUCGACGCACCGAUUGUUUGUCAAAGAAUUAUGAAGCUUUAUAAAAAUGCAAAACAAGGAGAAUACUUUCAGUCAUUACAUCAACACCUCACUCCUCGAUAUCUUUCACUUUCUCCCACUGGCCUUUCAGGUUCUCUUUCCACAAGCUAACUUUGUUAUCACC